AUGAAAGUUUUAGUGAUCUGCUUGGCAUUGGCUGUGGCUUGUAAGUUUUUUUUCUAACUUCUUCAUUUUCUACUGAUAUAUUGUGCUACAUAAGCUUCAGAUAGUAUUUUAUAGAAUGUAGCAUGUGAUGCUUAAAAUAUUGUUAAAAAUUAACUUUAGAACUUUACUUACUUUUGAUAAUUACGUAUGAUUUAAGUCGCCCAGGAUACUGCGCCAACCACGCCCACAACUCCAACUACCCCAACUACACCUACCACACCAACUACGCCUACUACACCCACUACUCCAACAACUCCAACUACACCGACCACGCCCACCACUCCAACUACUCCUACCACACCAACAACUCCAACAACACCCACUACACCAACUACCCCUACCACUCCAACUACCCCGACAACUCCAACCACACCCACCACUCCUACUACCCCAACCACCCCUACAACUCCUACUACACCAACUACACCCACCACUCCGACUACUCCAACCACCCCCACUACACCAACCACACCGACUACCCCUACCACUCCAACCACACCCACUACCCCUACUACACCAACGACUCCCACUACACCAACCACUCCAACUACCCCCACCACUCCUACCACCCCCACAACGCCAACAACACCUACAACACCAACCACUCCAACUACCCCUACUACUCCUACAACUCCAACUACCCCUACUACUCCUACUACACCUACCACCCCAACUACUCGUAAGUUAGCGAUCUUUUGUCCCAGAGAAGCCUUUCUUAAACCAAUCUGAUAUUUAAGCAACAUGAACAAACUCCAAACUGUAUGAAUCCUAUUUCGGGGCCGAUGAACAAUCAUUCCCCCAGCUACAAUCAUUCCCCCAAGCGCAAAAUCAUUCCCUACAAAGUUAAGUUGAACUUAACUUGUACUAGUCCAGAACGUUUGGCACAGGUCAGGGUUGACAAGGACCUAAGUGUUGGAGCUGGUGAGACCAUCGCGCGACUAGGGGCUGGAGAGAGAACCGGCAGACAACCUCGGAACUCGGCUCGAAUGACGAUUUCUGGGGAAAUCGGUUGCUUUUAUAGGGAUUUUUUGCAUAAACUUUGAAAGUGUAAACCAAGUUUUGAAUAAUGAAUACACUUUCAAAGUGCAAUGGGAAAGUGAAUAAGGGUUUUCUAAGUGUGGGGCAUGAUAGUAAAACAGUUGGGGCAUGAUAGUAAAACAAGUGGGGCAUGAUAGUAAUACAGGUGGGGCAUGAUAGUAAUACAGGUGGGGCAUGAUAGUAAAACAAGUGGGGCAUGACAGUAAAACAAGUGGGGCAUGAUAGUAAUACAGGUGGGGCAUGAUAGUAAUACCGAGUGGGACACAACGGUUGUUUUUUUUUACUUUUGGCAAUUUCAUAAGUGAUUUCUUCGUAAGUUCGCGGUCCGACCAUAACUCAGCAAACAAAAUGAAAGAAUGAAAAAUUAAAAAAAAAACCUUAAAAUUUGAAUAAGUGGGGAAUGAUUGUAGCUCAUUUCCAUGGGGAAUUAUUAUUCACCUGCUGGGGAGUUAUUCUUCAUGAGAACCCCUAUGGGGCCUUUUCUUAUCUAAGACCUAUCCUUUCUUAUCUAAGACCUAUCCUUUGACAGCUAGCUCCUUCUAAUCUGGGCCGGACCAAGGCAAAUUUGAAAAGGGCUGGGCCAAAAAAAUUAAUAAAAGCCUGCCCCCUUACCAGUAUGUCUUCUAAUUAAAAAAAUAACCUCUCCCGGUUAUCACCAAAGCCGGUUUGCCCUUUAAUUAUCCACUGAACGCAAACUCCCUAGAAACUUAACAAGAACACUUUUCAGCAUCCUGCACGGACGAAGCCCUGAACUGCGCUGAAUUCGUAAGCAAAUGCGCUACCGCUCAAAUGCAACAAUACUGUAAGAACACUUGUGGACUUUGCUCUUCCACGCCAGCACCAUGCGACGAUGGCGCCACCAACUGUGCUCAAUUCAUCAGUCAGUGCAAGACCAGCUCAACAGUCGCUUCCGUGUGCAAGAACACUUGUGGAACCUGCUAA